CCCAGUAACAGAGAUACCCCAGAGAGAUGUCCCCGUCCUCUGUAUUCCCAGGAUUGUACAGAGGAGAAUCACAGGACCCCACAGGAGGAUCAGGAUGACUGUCUGACUGAUAUAAAGGCAGAAGAUACAGAGGGAGAAGAAGAGACGUAUGUGACUGAUAUAAAGGCAGAAGAUAUAGAGGGAGAAGAAGAGACAUAUGUGACUGAUAUAAAGGCAGAAGAUAUAGAGGGAGAAGAAGAGACGUAUGUGAGGGGUGAUCAGCAGUGUAAGGAGGAGGAAAUCCCUACAGAUAUCAGCACAGCAGAUGGACACACAAGCAGGAUCUCAGAAGGACAUCUAAUGUUAUCCCCGGAUUGUGACAUAAAAGAUAAUGACAGUAGACAGGAUUCUCCAGGAGCCAACCCCAUUACCCCAAUUAUACAUCCAGCUUUGUCAGCUGAUCCCUCUGAUCCUGGGAAAUGUUCUCCUGAUCACUCUGAUAUUGGUGCAUCUGUUACAGCUCUGAGAGUAGAUACAGUGUUUCCCUGUUCUAUAGAUGCCAAAAGUUUUACACAGAACACAAAGCAUAUUAACCCACACACAGGUAAGGCAGGUGAGAGGCCAUUUCCAUGUUCUGAGUGUGGGAAAUGUUUUGCAAAGAAAUCACUUCUUGUAAUACAUAAGAGAGUACAUACAGGUGAGAAACCAUAUUCCUGUUUUGAGUGUGGGAAAUGUUUUACAUACAAAACAACUCUUGAUGCACAUAAGAGAUGUCACACAGGUACAUCACCAUUUCCAUGUUCUGAGUGUGGGAAAUGUUUUGCACGGAAAUCACAACUUGUUAUACAUCAGAGACAUCACACGGGUGAGAAUCUAUUUCCUUGCUCUGAGUGUGGGAAAUGUUUUACACGGAAAUCAGAUCUUAUAAAACAUGAGAGAAGUCACACAGGUGAGAAGCCAUUUCCAUGUUCUGAGUGUGGGAAAUGUUUUGCACACAAAUCAGAUCUUGUUAUACAUCAGAGAAGUCACACAGGAGAGAAGCCAUUUUCUUGCUCUGAAUGUGGGAAAAGUUUUACCCAGAAUUCUCAACUUGUUAGACAUCAGAGAAUUCACACAGGUGAGAAGCCAUUUCCAUGUUCAGAGUGUGGGAAAUGUUUUGCACACAAAUCAGGUCUUGUUACACAUCAGAAAAGUCACACAGGUGAGAAGCCAUUUCCAUGUUCUGAGUGUGGGAAAUAUUUUGCACACAAAUCAGGUCUUGUUACACAUCAGAGAAGUCACACAGGUGAGAAGCCAUUUCCGUGUUCUGAGUGUGGGAAAUAUUUUGCACACAAAUCAGAUCUUGUUAUACAUCAGAGAAGUCACACAGGUGAGAGGCCAUUUUAUUGCUCUGAGUGUGGGAAAUGUUUUACCCAGAAAUCACAACUUAUUACACAUCAGAGAGGUCACACAGGUGAGAAUCCAUUUUAUUGCUCUGAGUGUGGGAAAUGUUUUACCCAGAAAUCACAACUUAUUACACAUCAGAGAAGUCACACAGGUGAGAAGCCAUUUUCUUGCUCUGAGUGUGGGAAAUGUUUUACCCAGAAAUCACAACUUAUUACACAUCAGAGAACUCACACAGGUGAGAAACCGUUUCCAUUUUCUGAGUGUGGAAAAUGUUCUGCACACAAAUCAGAUCUUAUUAAACAUCAGGGAAGUCACACUGGUGAGAAGCCAUUUUCUUGCUCUGAGUGUGGGAAAUUUUGUUUAAGUAAAUCACACCUUGUUAUACAUGAGAGAAGUCACACAGGUGAAAAGCCAUUUUCUUGCUGUGAGUGUGGGAAAUGUUUUACACAAAAAUCACACCUUGUUAUACAUGAGAGAAGUCACACAGGUGAAAAGCCAUUUUCUUGCUCUGAGUGUGGGAAAUGUUUUACACAAAAAUCACACCUUGUUAUACAUGAGAGAAGUCACACAGGUGAAAAGCCAUUUUCUUGCACUGAGUGCGGGAAAUGUUUUACACAGAAAUCACAACUAUUUACACAUCAGCGAUGUCACACAGGUGAGAAGCCAUUUCCAUGUUCUAAGUGUGGGAAAUGUUUUUCACACAAAUCAGGUCUUGUUACACAUCAGAGAACUCACACUGGUGAGAAACCAUUUCUAUACUCUGAGAAAUAAAUCACUCUUGUUGCACAUAAUAGUCAUCAGGUGAGUUAACAUUUUAUUCUAGAGUAUACUGAUCAUUGCCAUGGAAUGUUUUUGAAGGUUCUUAUGCUAUCUCCCAUGCUUUUUGCAAUAUACAUGCUACCGCAGGGUGAAACAAAGAGAUGUCAUGUCCUUGUCUACCACUGCUAUGCAGAUGACCUGUCUUUUGCUCCGGGUACUAAGAACCCAGUACCUAUCCUAAAUGGUUGUCUAGCUGAGCUCCAGGUGUGGGUGAUGCCAGUUGGCUGUGACUCAGUCCUGGUGAAACAGGUCCUUAUGAUAGAAGCUCACCAACAAAGGGCAGGGCUACAGCUCAGCUUUGCAAACCAACCAGACUUGCGCUUGGGGGUUCAGAGUUACAAAAUGCUGAUCCUGUGCGUAAUCUUGGUGUCCUGGAUGGUGAAGUGACACUUAGACAUCGGUAUCUGCCACAAUCAGAUCCUCAUCUGAGGAACAUAGCCAGACUGCAGCACUUUUUUUCCCUCAGAAGAUCUACCUACAGUCAUACAUGCACUUGUAUCAUCACGCAUGGACUACUGCAAUGUCCUCUACCUGGGUCUCCCAGCAAUAGAAUUAAACUGCUUACAGCUUGUACAGAAUGCAGCAGCCAGGCUGUUACCUAACCAGUUGUUCCUGCCACAU